AACCAUCUGAGUAGAAGUGAGUGUCAGGAGGACGAUCUGUUUGUGUGUCCUGUUGGAGGAAAGAAAUUUCUUCUCCUUUUGGAACUCUCUGUGGAUUUUGAUUCAUGGACCCCCGAGAGAAGGGUUUUUUAGUGUUUUGUAUUUUAGUUGUCUUGGAUUCUUUUUGCUCAGCGAUAUUUCGUGUUUUUUUCCCCCCGAGGCUUGUGAACCAGGUGGACUACUGUUUUGGAGAGAACACCAUACAUGGAUUAGAUGUUAGAGACUCAGUCCUUGUCUUUCUGUGACCCUCAGAUCAGUUCUGAAUUAUGAUGUGGUGCUGUUAAAUGUAAUUAUGUGGUGAAUAUUAUUCAGCUGAUUAUUGGUUUCUCUGUUGUUGUUGUUGUUGUUGUUGUUGUUGUUGUUGUUUUAAAUCAGCAGUUAGAGUUUCCCAAACUUCAAAGUGACCGUGGGUUUAUUGUCUCAUGCGGCAUCUCAGAGGUUCGGGUUUCUGAGAACUCAGCACCUUGAUGAUAAAGUCUGAGAUUCCUCUGGAAAGUCUCUAUAGGAUAUAAUAAGAAGUAAUAAUAAUGAUAAAAAGUGGGAUGUGAUCUUCUACUCUCCUCCAAUCAGGGCUGUGUUGCUUUUGAUACUGUAGAUCAUAACAUUCUUCUAGAUAAAUUAGAAAAUGUUGGAGUUAAGGGAACGGCCAUCUUCUGGCUCAGGUCUUAUCUGAUCAAUCAUUAUCAAGUUGUAGAUGGAAAUGGUGACUUCUUUAUCUACGUGGGAUUAGCUCCCGCUAACCCUAACCCUGUUCAUGACACACAGCUGUAUGUUUCAGCAAAGCGGGAUCAAGUUGAGGAAUGUGUAAAGGACGUUAGACGUUGGAUGCUCAGUAACCUCCGACUACUUCAUGACGAGACAGAAGAACUUGUCCUAGGACCACGUGCAGCUAGAAGUAAUCUUUCUGGUCUCACAGUAACUCUGGAAGGACUUUCUGUUUCAUCAUGUGCAGCAGUGAAAGACCUUGGUGAAGCUCAUGUGGGUAAUAUUACUAACAAAGCGCUCUUUUAUCUCAGAAAUAUUGCUAAGAUGAGAAAAACUAGCUCAUGAUUUUGUUACCUUUGUUGGUACCUAGAAUAAUGAAGGCCACUGCAGGCGCCAGAGCUUUUCUCUGUGAAAAGCGUUUCCCGAUUCAUUUUCGGGGCUCAGACACGGUCUCGGUGUUUACGUCUAGGCUAAAAACACAUCUGUUUAGUCAAGACUUGUUGAUAGUUUUAACCCGAGGUACAAGAGCAGUGGAAGCAUCAUGUAUUUAUUGUCUAUCAUCACCACCACCGAGUAGAUAACUAUCAGAAGGUAUUCACACUCCCUGUGGUGUCCUCAUCCAUGACUGUCCUCCAUGUUCACCAAAUUCCAGUCAAUCAUCAGCUCUCUGUAUCAAUAAAAACCCUCUUUUGGACUGAAUAAGCUGAAAUAGAGCGUCCUGCUCUGAGAGGACUCUGAGAGGAGAUUCAGACAUGAUCCAUAAUCCAUAAUGAACUUUUUCACACUAUCUGUUGUUACCCAGAUGAGGACGGGUUCCUUCUGAGUCGGUUCCUCUCAAGGUUUCUUCCUCUUAAAACAUCUUAGGGAGUUUUUCCUCGCCACCGUCGCCACUCAGUGUCUUGCUCAGUUGGGAUAAAUUCACUCCUUUAAUAUCUGUACACCGUGUUGAUAUUUCUGUAAAGCUGCUUUGAGACAAUGUCUAUUGUAAAAAGCGCUGUACAAAUAAAACUGAAUUGAAUUGAAUUGAAUGAUCUAGAUCUAGAUAAUAAUAACAAGAAGAGGAAUAUAAACUGGACAGACAGACAUGGACGAGUUUACACCUUCAGUCUUGCUGAAACAUGAAACACAGAGUGAGACCCUGCACCUCAGGCUGCACAGUUUCCCCCUUCAGUCACUCAUCUCCUGUAGGUUCCGCCUUCAGUCACUCAUCUCCUGUGGGUUCCGCCUUCAGUCACUCAUCUCCUGUAGGUUCCCCCUUCAGUCACUCAUCUCCUGUAGGUUCCCCCUUCAGUCGCUCAUCUCCUGUAGGUUCCGCCUUCAGUCGCCGAUCUCCUGUGGGUUCCUCCUUCAGUCACUCAUCUCCUGUGGGUUCCUCCUUCAGUCACUCAUCUCCUGUAGGUUCCGCCUUCAGUCGCCGAUCUCCUGUAGGUUCCCCCUUCAGUCACUCAUCUCCUGUGGGUUCCUCCUUCAGUCACUCAUCUCCUGUAGGUUCCGCCUUCAGUCGCCGAUCUCCUGUAGGUUCCCCCUUCAGUCGCUGAUCUCCUGUAGGUUCCGCCUUCAGUCACUCAUCUCCUGUGGGUUCCUCCUUCAGUCGCCGAUCUCCUGUGGGUUCAAUCCUGUCACUCAGGACAGAACGAGGUCCAAAAAAUGACCUGUAAUUAUACAUCAUUACACACGACUCUGAUAUUUCACUGAAAGAUAAGUAAUAAGUAUUUCUAGAAGCUCACUUGAAGUGAAGCUAAACCUCUGGUCCUAAAUGUUACAAAUCUGAAGCUUAGGAGAACUCAACAGUCAGCUCACGUCCGUUUCCUGAGACGAUGAAGCUCUGUGAUCACGUUACAGAAGGAAAAAUGUUUGGUCGUUUUUCUCCUCGGAAAUGAGAAUUGCAGUGCAGACAGUUUAAAACCGCUGCAGUGGCUUUUUGUUUUGAACGGAACAGUUUUUCUUAGCCACAAACCUAUAUUCAUGACCCCGAAUGAUUUUUAAAAAAAAAAGAAAAAGAUGUCACCAGUCUUGUGAAAGAUAUUAUGAACAUCAAAGUCUUCAUUUUAAAACACUAAACACCAGUUUAACCGCAACCAAUGAGCUGCUAGAGAGACAUUUUCCACUGGCGUGGACCAAUCAGAUUACAGAACACACGAGCGCAUGAAAGAUCUUCAGCAGCACGAGCCGCUCAGCCCCAGUGUCUGAGAUGGAGACAUCAAGAGUCGCUCUCAUCGCUCUCGUGUGUGUUGUGUUCUCCGGUCAGAAGAGGAUCUCUGGAGCAGAAGUGGAGACGAGAGUCAGACGAGGAGACGACGUCACUCUCUACUCCGACUGUGUUGUGAAAAGUGGAUUUUAUCCAGUGUGGUUCAGGAACUGCUCACAUCAGGAUCAACCUCGUCUGAUGAUCUCACAGUCAGAUGUGAUGCAUGAUGUUUUUCCACGUCACUCGUUUGUGUUUAAUGUCUCCACCAACGUACACGAUCUGCUGAUUAAGAAGGUCACAGAAUCAGAUCAGGGCGUGUACUACUGCGCUGUACAUGAGAUAAAGAUUGUAAUAGGAAAAGAUGGGAUUAUAAUGGACAGGGAUGUGUAUCACUAUGGAAACAGAACGACUCGACUCGCUCUACUCGAAGAAGCUACUGUCUCUCCGAACACCCCGACCCCGUGUGUAUCAGAGUGGAGUGUUAGCUGGAAGCUGGUGUUGGGUGUGUGUGCUGUGUGUGUUCUCCUCUCCUCACUCCUCUCCUCCAUCUGUGUGUACUGCCUCUGCACAAACACCACUAAAGCAAAAGUGAAAGCAGAUCAGGCAGGAAGUGACAAAAGCAUGACUGGGAGACAUGACGAGGAUGGAGAAGACGAGGUCUGUUACGCCUCGCUGGACAUCCAGAACCCCGAGAAGAAGAGGAAGAAGAAGAGGAAGAUGAAAGUUCAGCACUCUGAUUUCAGCACGUAUUCAGAGGUCAGAACCGAGAGACCUGAGAGUCGUGAAGGAGGAGAUCAUGACGUCUGGAAGUCGUAUUAGAUCACAGCGUGUUCUUUUGACAAACUGCUUUUCACAUCCUUCGUGAGGAUUAUAAAGAGUGAAGUCAAUUUUAAAUGCUUGUGCUUCGUGUUUUUGUCGCUGAUGCCUGGUUCGUUGUUUUUUAAAUUCAUUAUAAAUAGCAAAAUUGGCCGAAUUGUUAAAACUAUUUAUAUUAAAAUACCUGAUGUGAAAAAAUAAAUGCACCGUAUUCACUGCUCAUUUUCAGCCUUUUGGGGGAUUUUGCGGAAUUCUCGGGUGAAGAAGAAUUUUGGAUCUUCUUCGUGAACAUGAUGACUUUUGAAGGGUUUAACACGAACACAAAUCCCACAGCAAGAUACAUGCACACAGAAGGAAAUCUCCCGGGGAGAGAGGAAGCGUAGCGAGGGUGAGAGGAUUAG